AACCCUAAGAACAGUAGGAAUGAAGUGGCUUUGCCUACUGAAAACCACCAGGAUGCACAGUUGUAACGGGUUUAUCUAGGAAGACCCAAUUCAACAGGUUUGUGCCCGUAGUAAGAAAACCUCUAUUACAUUAUACCAAAAAUCAGCUCAGAUGCCCAACAAUCUUAACCCUAAAUAAGCGCGGGGAGCUCCGGUGUGAGUGUCAAAACAGGAGAAAGAAUUUGUGGUUUGUGAAAUAUCUUGACAAGUCGUUUUCCGGAAAUCCCUUGAUAAAUCAACCUGCUUUUGUGUUUCCCAAUUCCAAGCAUACCCAAGAACACUAUGGACCGGAUCCGGGUGGGAGUUCUCGCGAAUGGGUGGAACAAAAUCUUCAAGAUGGAGGGGUAUCACCAUGUUCGUGUGGACGAUGGACGGCUCUUGGCACCCGUGCAAGUACAGGCCGCGACGGCGCCAUAAACCGGAAGCCGUCCAAGCUUUGUAACUGGGGAGGCGUUUCCCUCCCUCCUUGUGUAUCUGAGGAAGAGGUUCUGCUUCUCCUCUGGUGUCAUUAGUCUGAAGCAACAGUGGGAGAGGAGAGAGAGCCUUCAAGCUACGGCCUUCUGGGAUUUUGGGGUGGGGGACCUUCGAUGAAGGUGAGGCUACUGCCUUUGAUCCCCAAAAAAUCAUUCUUUCCGGCGUUGAAUCUGAAUUCGUCUCUAUCUUCAGUUUCUCGAGGCGCCCAUUUCGAUUUUAGUCCCCGGGAAGCUCCUAAAGAACCAAACUCAUUGGAAUUUGAUUCCGUCGUUCGCUCUUUGGAGGGUAAGAUUGUACCCACAAAGAUUAUUGGGGUUCUGAACUCGGUCAGUGACCCAAUUUUAGCUCUGAGUGUGUUCAGAUGGGCUUCUUCGCAGAGGAAUUACCGACACUCGACGGAUACCUAUUUCAGUAUGAUAAUGAAGUUGGGAGUCAAUGGGAAGAUUGGAGAUAUGGAGGUUCUUCUGAAGCACAUGGUAAAGGAAGCAUGCCCUUCAUCUGAGGAUGGCUUUGUAUCUCUCAUCCAUGGUUUUUGCAUAAACCGUAGACUUAAAGAAGCGUUGGUCGUGCUAGAAUGGAUGCAUUCGAGUAACUGCAAGCCUUCUGUUCUGCCCCAUAACAUUCUAUUGAGUGCAUUUGUUGACGAAGGAGAUUUUAGGUCUGUUUUGUUCGUUUACAAGGAAAUGGUGAAAGCAGGAAUCGCGCCGACCGUUGAUACAUUGAAUUUGAUUAUCGAUAUCUUAUGCAGAACCGAUAGGAUCGAGUCCGCACUGAACCAGUUUAGGCGGAUGAAAAGAAAAGGUUGUAAUCCUAAUUGUAGGAGCGUUGAGAUUAUUGUACGUGCAUUAUGUGAGAAAGGCAGAAUCUAUGAAGGUAUGACGAUUCUAGAUGAUAUGAUUGCAACUGGUCACAGGCCGGAUUUCAUUUUCUUUGAAAAUAUAAUACCAUUGACCUGUAGAGUUAACAGGGUGGAUGAGGGACUUGUGCUACUGAACAUGAUGAUAGGUAACGGCUUUUCUCCUAAUGCAUCCAUUUACAGUGUUCUGAUUAGCUGCUUGUGUGAGAAUGGCCGGAUUCGUGAUGCAAUUAAACUUUUUGAGGAUAUAAUGGCGUUGGGUAUAAAGCCGGAUGUCACGAUAUAUGUCAGUUUAGUUACUGGGUAUUGUAGGUUACCUAAUUUUUCUGAUGCAUUACGGCUUUUGAGCGAGAACGAAGUUUCUGAUACUGAUCCAUAUAAUGUAUUACUAGAAGGUUUCUGCAGAGCAAGUAGAUUCCAUGAAGCAUGCUGUUUACUUGAUAAGAUGGUGAAAAGUGGUUUGAGUGACAAAUUUUCUUGGAACAUUUUUUUAAGAGCGCUCUGUGCAAAGGGAAGAAUUAGACAUGCUUUGGAAGUUCUUGAUAGGAUGAUCAUCUUUUCUUAUGAACCCGAUGGCAUGACAUUUUCAUCUCUGGUCAAUGGCUACUGUACAGUGGGGAGGUACUGGGACGCUUUCCGUUUCUUUCGGCAGUCAUCCGGUAGAAAUUGUAGCUUGGAUUCCACUUCUUCUACAAGACUCGUAGAUGGUCUACGUGAGAUGGAUUGUAUAAAAGAGGCCGUUGAAGUCUUUUGGUGUAUGCUUGAAAAUGAAUGCCCUCUUAAUAUCUCGUCUUUUAAUUUACUAAUUGAUGCAGUGUGUUCGAUGGGAGAUGUACAUGUAGCUGUGAAGCUUUGGUCAUUUGCAUCUUGUAGAGGCACAGUGUCUGAUGCCGACACAUUUGCAGCUAUUUUGCUUGCGUUAUGCAAGUUAAGCAAACGGAGAGAAACUCUGACACUCGUAUCACAAAUGAUAGAAGCAGGUCUGUUCUUUGAGCAAAAGAUAUGUAAUGUUCUUCUACGGUGCUUUUGUGAGAUGGAUAUGGGCUUGAAUGCUGUUAUCGUGUUCAAUCAAAUGGUGAGCCAUGGUUCCCCCCCUGCCAUUGGAACAUUAAAUAUGCUACUAUCCUGCCUUAUAAGUCAUUGCCUGCUUCAUAUGAUAAGCGACAGCCUUGUCAAAUUUAUUUCAGAAGGUGGGUUGCCAAAUUCCAAAUUGUAUAAUAUGGUUAUCGCUGGUCUUUGCAAGGAAGGACAUAAAGAGAAAGCUUUCAAAAUAUUGGAUAAAAUGUUAGAACGGGGAUGGGUGCCCGAUGCUACUGCACAUGCUUACAUGGUCGGGAAUGCAUCCACAAUUGAAACUGGGGUCAUUAGAGGCUUAAUUGAUGAUUCGUGUAUAUAUGAUGAAGUGAGCAAUAUACUUGUGGAGGGAUUAGAAUAGCCUUAAAUUUUGAUCAUUUUCCUAUGUUAUUGGAGUACUAUGUUGCUUCACUAUGAACUUCGGUUGAUGCAUUGGUUUGAACUGAGAGCCAUCAAUCAAUACACAGUGGUGGUCCUGGGGAAAAGGUUCUGUUGCUAUCUUAAAUUUGUAAGAUUCUGAUUUCUUUGUACACAUCAUUCUUUGGCAUUGAGUUCUCAAUCAAGAUUUUGGGCUUUCCAAAUUCAAGCACUUUGGUCUUCAGGAAUUUAAUGGAACCAACUGCUGGAAGAUGGAAAGAGAUAGAAAAAGAAUCAUGGUGUCCCACCUAGGAGAGUAUCUUCUCUCCAACUGACAUACUUGGAGGGAUCUUUACCUUAUAGAAAAACGAAUUGUGGUGUCCCACCUAGGAGAGUAUCCUUUCUCCUACUGAUAUGCUUGGAGUGGUCUUUACCUUUCUCUGGAAGUAUCAGUGCCGAAUUGCUUCACUUUUAUUGAGGCAACUCCAAGUGAACAGGUUGUGGUCUGGCCGAUCCUUAAUGCCCCUACUUUUACUCAAAAAGAAGUCUCACUCCGGCAUCAAGUAACAAGUAUGUUCCAUCGAUGUGGAAGAUUGUGGAUAGGCAAUCAGACGUGAUCAACUGCGAGCUAAUGGUGUGCACAGAGCUCUUCUUCUCUAGUUGUCUUUUUCCUAUGUAUGCUCAUUGUUCACUCUUUCUCCUGGUGUGUAAAGCAACCAGGGUGGCCUCUAUUCAGGCCGAUAUGACAGAGAACAGGGCUUUCCAGUUUCUAACUUGGCACAGGAAGCUCCAAGGCCGCUAUAUUUUGCUUUAUAUGGUUGAAUCUGUGUAUGCAUUUGAAGUACCACAUGAAAGUUCUUGCUGUGGCUAAGCUGUUUUACAGUAUCUAAGACAGGGAGGCAAUGUGGUGUGUUUUAAGGUUCUUUGGCAUCAGACAGAUCUUCUUGGAACUUUUGUUGCUGGUUUGCAUUUGACUACCCUCAUUUUCUUUUCAAAGGGAGGAACAAAAAAAUGGUUUCAUAUGACCAGAUCAUUGUUUUUAUUCCACACACUGUGCUUCAGAUCGUUUGUGCUUGGGUUGAGGGCAUGGCAGAAAGGAAAUGGGAUAGAAGUAAAUUUACAUCUCGGAUGGUUUGGGACUUUGAAAGCUGCAUACGUUUGUCCCUUAUGACGGAGGCGCUUGAAGACAAUCCAGUUUCUCUUUAUUGUUUUGAUGCCCCAGAAUGGGCUCGUACUGUGCCAUACCAAAGAAUCGGACGUAGCUUUCUCCGAGCCAGUGCCUCUGAUUUUGUGAGAAUGAAGGGAAGUGGGAUGUCUGUUUUCUUCUUUGGUCUGUGGUAAAUUCCAACUCUCCUUGAGCCUGUGCCAGAUCUAUGAUACAAUUUAGCAGACGACGACUCAAGACAAUCAAUUAUUCUCCUGAGGGCCACCUUUGAAGUUGGUUGGACAACGAAGCAGAAGCUGUCAAGCUAUGCAGCUUGUCACGCUGUUUCCGCUUUUCAACUAUGAAUGAGAGGCGUAGUUCAAUCUCUAAAGCUGGUAGCUAAUACUGAUUUUCUGGUUGACGAGUAUACUCACCCAAUGUCAAUGUCAUGCGAGAGAUUUUGAUGUCUCUAGCCUUUUGGUCGUCUUUAUAAUACUUUGUCUAUGUUACUCUCUGCCAAAGGGAAGGCACUGAUGAAGGAGCGUACUUGAAUUUUAAUGAUAUUUUUAA